AUGCUGCUGAGGGAUUCUGAUAUAGAUUCCCUAAACAACCAACUUGCAACUCUCUCCCAUGAGAACACGUCUCACCAUGAUAAGUUGCAGCUCGUCUUGGAGCAAUUCCGCAAUGUCCUCGAAGACUACAGCUCUCUGAAAAGCGACUACGAAGAAGUCAAGGAAGGUCGCGAAAAGUACAAGAAGCAGGCCCGCGGUCAGGAGCGCAAUCCUUUCGUUUUGGUUCUCGUGGACGGUGAUGGCUACCUGUUCAAGGAACAUUUUAUUAAAGCUAGCAGCGAUGGCGGCAUCAACGCCGCUCGGGAAUUGAGCGAUUCCGUUAGAGAACUGAUGUUCUCCACUAUGGGUGCUGAGGCCGACCGGUGCCGUAUUAUGUAUGUCUUGGCACGAAGCGGGAUGGUCGGACACGAAGCUCGAUCUCUGUCGCCAUUUUCGUCGGCUUUCAACCGUGCCCAGGAUCUUUUCGACUUUGUUGAUGCUGCAGAGAAGAAGGAAGGAAGCGAUUUUAAAAUCAGAGAGAUUUUCCGCUUGUAUGCCGAUAUGAAUCAAUGCCGACAUAUAUAUUUUGCAGGUUGCCAUGACACUGGAUAUGCCUCUCUUCUGACCCCUUAUAAGGAUAAAAGUGAUCGUAUCACCCUCCUCAAGGCAGCUGGAUUCCAUCGGGAAUUUGAAGAAUUAGGUCUUCCCAUUAAGGAAAUGCCCUCUGUGUUCAUGUCUACUUCUCUUCCUACUAGCGGUAAACCGGUCUCUGCGGUCAAUACCAAGCUGGCCAAUUCUCCUAUAAACGGCACCAACAGUUCAAACGGAUUUAAUGGCACUAAUGGGGCGGGGCCCACGAAGCCACUUUGCAAACACUUCCAAAAGGGAAUCUGCAAAUUUGGAAGUGGCUGCAUCAAACAGCACGUCAUGCCCAAUCAGAAUCUCUCUCGGCCCGGAGAUGAAUCACCCAAACAGCUUUGGUCAACACCACACGUCGUGGGUCGAUCCCAAGAGCUUUUCUUUACCCACUUGCCGCCUACGAAUUUUAAAUCUAUGGAAUAUAUCCCCGUUAAUAAAGACGGCGAUCGUCUAGAUACCUACUGCCCUCAGCCUACCUCGGAAGCCCUCGAUCAAUACCACCGUCGGGCGAAGAUCGCCCAGGUUUGUAACAGUUAUCAUUUGUCAGGCGAAUGUGGGGACAUGAACUGUCAAUAUGACCACAGCGAUGUCUCCGAAACCGUCGUUGACGUCCUCCGCUACAUCGUCCAGCAACACCCCUGUACAAAGGGAGGCAUCUGUCGUUCAAUCAAGUGUUUCUUGGGGCACCUAUGCCAGAAGCCUAACUGCAAGGCUGUGAAAAGUCGGCAGUGUCGCUUUAACCACAAAGGACAUAGAUUGGACCUGGAAGUCGCCUGCUGGGUAUAUCCCAUUGAAACCAUAGAUGGAGACCGAUACUCGUCCAGUGGCGAAUCUAUCGCAAGUCAAACUUGCCCGAGCACCAUCUAUUUCGGCUAG